GUGUCACAUGUGUCAAGCAACCUUUAAAGUCCUGCUGAAAGCGCACUCAGCUACUUGUAGGUAAUUUACUCUUUUUAAAAAGCGUGUGGAAAUGUUUAAACAAGCAUGUACUGAUUAGUCGGUGCGUGUUUUUUAAGUUAUUGUAACGUAUUUAAUAUGAAUACGGUCCGUCUGAAGCUCAGGCCAUUUAUACCUCAGUUUAUUAAAGGCAGAGCUCUCUUUGCUGGUCCUCCGGCUGUCGCCCACUGUGAUUUCCCUCUCUGCCGGACUGUUUUGCAGUUUUUCCGGACAAUGGCUACUAGUAAUAAUAAUAACCCAGAGAUAAGACAGCCGCUGGGUUUUAGGAAAGCCAAGCAGAAGGAGCCGCUGCGGCGGGUGAAGGCCAAAGAGAGCAGGAACAAACGAGGGGACACUCACGGACCAUCCACGGUGUACCUGCAGGUGGUGGGUGCUGGGAGCAGAGACAGUUCUGCCACUCUGUAUGUCUUCUCCGAGUACAACAGAUACUUGUUCAACUGUGGUGAAGGAACACAGAGACUCAUGCAGGAACACAAACUGAAAGCUGCUCGAUUGGACAACAUCUUCCUGACCAGACUGAGCUGGGAGAACGUGGGAGGUUUAUCAGGGAUGAUCUUAACAUUAAAGGACACAGGGGUUCCGGAGUGUGUGCUCUCUGGUCCUCCGCAGCUGGAGAACUAUGUGAAUGCCAUCAAGUCGUUUUCUGGGCCGCUAGCAGACAUCAAGCUGUCGGUUCGACCGUACACUGAAGAGACAUACAUAGACGAAACGAUGACUGUUUAUCAGGUGCCAAUAUUUGCUCAGUUAAGGAAUGAAGACAGACAGCUAUCCCCCAAAUCAGGCAGCCCAUCUCAGAGUCCUCCCUCUCCCCGAGCAGACGACAUCCACAAUAACACCUGCAGAGAUGGUGCAAGCAGUCCAGAUCUUGAAGGUGACACACAAAACACAACCAGAGAUCCCUCUCUGGUGGUUUCCUUCAUAUGCAAGCUUCACCCCAAGAAAGGAAAUUUCUUAGUCCUUCAAGCCAGGGAGCUCGGCUUGCCUGUAGGCACAGCAGCAAUCGGUCCUCUCGUAACAGCUCUGAAGGACGGGAAAAGUGUCACAUACGAAGGAAAAGAGAUCCGUCCGGAGCAGGUUUGUACUCCUGCUGACCCCGGACCAGUGUUUAUUGUCGUCGAGUGUCCAUCUGAGGAGUUUGUGGAAGCUGUUUGCACCAAUCAGCAGCUGAGAAGAUAUCAAACAGGAGGGACAGAGGACCCUGCUGCGCUGGUCGUCCACAUGACUCCAGAGUCUGUUUUGACAACGGAUCAAUACAAAAAGUGGAUGGAGAGGUUUCCAUCCGCAACCGAACACCUGAUCCUUAAUGAACAAGUCUGUACGGUCCACAACAUCAGGAGUCAAAAGCUUCAGGCUCAGCUGAACAUGAUUCACCCAGAGAUCUUUCCACAGCUCAAGUCUUACAGAUCAAAGAAAGAGCAGGGUCAGGGAGGAGACAGUGGACCAGAGGCCUGCAAGGAUGAUCAUGCAGGGCCUUUACAGAUAGAAGAGGGACAGGGAGAAACCAGGCAGGUAUCAGGACAGGGACCUGACAGCAGCACCGAUUAUCAGGCCAAGGCUUCACAGGAGGCCCAGGCUGCCCUGCACGUCCCCAACGUCAGAGCUGAGUGUCUGCUCAAGUUCCAGCUCAGACCCGUAAUGGAGUGGCAAAGAGACGCCAUCCCCUCCUGCAACGCUGAGGAGUUUGUGAAAGAGGCGUCUGAGGUCCCAAACUUUAUGGAAGAAGUAGACAAGUGCAGGAAGAUUUGCUCCACUGACACUACAGAGCUUUCUGGGAAAGGAGAAAAUUACCCAGAGGUGGUUUUCUUGGGAACAGGAUCAGCUCUUCCAAUGAAGAUCAGAAACGUCAGCGGCACUUUAGUCAAUAUCAGCCCGAGUCAGUCCUUGCUGUUGGACUGUGGAGAGGGAACCUUCGGUCAGCUCUGCAGACACUACGGGGACACUUUGGAUGAAGCACUGUCCAAGAUCUCAACUGUUUUCAUCUCACAUAUGCACGCUGACCACCACACAGGGCUGCUGAUGCUGCUGUAUCAGAGGGAAAGAGCACUGACGACGUUAGGAAAAGCAUUCCGCCCCAUCUACCUGGUGGCCCCCGCCGACAUCAUGUCCUGGCUCCACCAGUAUCACGAUCACUGCGAGGAGAUCCUCCACCAUAUCAACCUUAUCCCAAACAGAUUUCUGUGUGAGGAUGCUAAGGUGACGGAUCAGAGGACAGUGUCUUCAAUCCAAGCAAUGCUGAAGAAGAAUGAUUUGGAAAAGUUCCAGACGUGUCGAGUGCGUCACUGCAAAAACGCCUUCGCCUGCAGCUUCACUCACCAGUCCGGCUGGAAACUGGCCUUCUCUGGUGACACCAUGCCCUCCGAUGCGUUCGUACACACCGGAAAGAAUGCAACCUUAGUGAUCCACGAGGCCACGCUGGAAGACGGGCUGGAGGAGGAGGCUGUAGAGAAAAGACACAGCACAACCUCCCAGGCCAUUGGUAUCGGCAUGAGGAUGAACGCUGAGUUCAUCAUGCUGAACCACUUCAGCCAGCGCUACGCCAAGAUCCCUCUCUUCAGUCAAGACUUCAGUGACAGAGUGGGGAUAUCAUUCGACCACAUGAGAACUCGCUUUGGAGACUUUAAAAUUCUCCCCAAGCUCAUUCCUGCACUUAAAACCCUUUUCGCUGAGGAGAUUGGUGAGAUGGAGGAGAGAAGAGAGAGGAGGGAGCUGAAAAAUCCAAGAGGAAGCAGCUCUGAGGUGAACAGUGAGCAGACGACGGCCGACGAGAGCCGAGGUGCCAAAAGAGACCAGGAGGAGGCAGCGGCACACAACGUAGAAAUGAAGAGGCUGAAAAUGAGCUGAAGCCUGAGUGAUGGACAGUGUUUAAAACAAACAGACUUUAACUGAGAGCAUCCUGAGUUCUUUUAUUUAAAUGAAAUAGAGAGUUUUAUUUGGCCCGUGUGGUUUCAUGAAAGAAAAGUCAUGUAGAUUUCCUGCAUUGCAGUGUACAGAGCUGAGCUGUGAAUAUAGUUUGUGUUUUUCAUUUAACAGAAUAAAGCAA